AGUAGGUGCCAGUAUCCCACAUCACUGGAGAGAGGGGCUGUUACUGAAGAAAUCAAGCAGGAUUCCAUUAACACGAUGGCUGACAAAGACCUAACCAACAAUAAUGCGAGUCAUGGGGCCCAUUCCGCCUGCCCUGUCCACACAGCUCUUGUGUCAGGCAAUGGGAAAUGUAAGACACAUGUGAAAGGUGGAGAUAACACCAAGAUCAGCAUGCCUGAAGGCAAGUGCAAACCACUCCCUCUAGAGUGGUGGAAGACUCUCAUCGCCCUCACCUAUGCUGUGUUCAACCUGGUCUUAACCACUGUCAUGAUCACAGUUGUGCAUGAGAGGGUCCCCUCCAAAGAGAGUAGCCCCCCCUUACCAGAUAAAUUCUUUGAUUAUAUUGACCGUGUGAAGUGGGCCUUUGUAGUGACAGAAGUGAAUGGGAUCGUUCUGUCAUGUAUCUGGUUCAUACAGUGGAGUUGUCAUAAAUACAGGGCCAUUGUGGCCAGAAGGUUCUUCUUCCUUAUGGGCACUCUGUACAUGUACCGCUGCAUCACGAUGUACGUCACCACCUUACCUGUGCCAGGGAUGCAUAUGACUUGUGCUCCUAAGCUACAUGACGACUCCCAGGCCAAGUUGCAGCGCGUUAUCCAGCUUAUUUCUGGGGGUGGCCUGUCACUCACUAACUCACAUCUCUUAUGUGGGGAUUUUCUCUACAGUGGCCACACAGUUAUGCUUACGCUGACCUACCUGUUUAUCAAGGAGUACUCACCACGAUCCUUCUGGUGGUAUCACCUGCUGUGUUGGCUGACGAGUGCUGUGGGCGUGGUGUGUAUACUUGUAGCUCAUGAACACUACACCGUGGACGUGGUUGUAGCGUACUUCAUCACUUCCCGGCUUUUCUACUGGUACCAUACUAUGACCAAUGUACAGAAUCUCAGAGUGACAUCACCAAACAACUAUCUCACCCACACAUGGUGGAAUCCGGUGUUUAACUUCUUCGAGAGGAAUGUGCAGACCCAAGUGCCUUGCUGCUACGGCUCGCCAAUCACUUGGCCUACCUGUUUCAACAAUCGUUGUAAGAAGUAUUCUGCAGUCCAGAGUACCCCUGAGGAUUGAACUAUUCAUAUGAACAGCAUUUGUUAAAUUUACACACUGUUUGUAAAAAAGAAGUUGGCCUUUUGAUAAAUGUUCUUUUCUGACUAAAAGUUUUUCCCAAAAGUACCUCA